AUGCUGGCCACAAAUGCGGUGAACGAGGAGCGCUUCAAAAAUUUCCGCGAGCAGCUCGCCGAGUUCACAGGCUCAUUGGCGGCGGCGAGAAGCACGAAAAAUACGGAAAAAUUGAUAAAAAUUGACUUUUUACAGCCGCCACAGAAAAAGCAUGGAAACAGGACGAAUUGCAGCAAAUGGAAGGUAUUUCAAUGAAAAAUAGCUUGAAGCAAUUUGGAAUGCCAUUUUUGCAGGCGAAAGAACGUUUCUGGAGCGAGUGGCCGAGGAGAAGGCGAAAUUCGCGCAUCAACGCGAAAACGGAGAGGCGGAAUUGCAGAAAUUGACGGAUUUGGACGAGAAGCUGGCGGCGGAGAAGCGGGAAUGGACGGAAAAGGCGGAAGAGUCGCACCAGGAGCUGAUGAGCGAAUUGGAGAGCGAGGAGACGAUCGGAAUGGAGAACGCGUUCGAGCACCUCUUCGGCGCACUCAUCGACUCGAUGGACAAUCUGGUAAGAUUUUCAGCGGUGUUUUAGAAUUUUUAGCAACUUUUAUCAAUUUUCAGUCCCAUCAAUCGAUGAACGAUCAAUUCAUUGCGCUGAAAAACAACCUGGACGCGUUGAGCAUUGAGAGUACGUCACCGUCUCAAAAAGUCCAUAAUUUUCAUUUCGAAACUUGCAGAACAACAACUGAAGGUGGCGAUCGCCGACUCGACCGAAUGCAUCGAAUCGAUGCUCCCAUCGCUGGCUCCGACGUGCGGAGUGACGUACAAAGAGCGAAAUUGGCUCCGUAUCGGGCUGCUCACUCAAGUGACCAAAGUGCGCGGCCAGUACCAGAAGAGCCGGCUCCACGAGGAGAGCUUGAAAGCGAAAUUGGGCGUUUGA